UCCCAGAGUUCCCGUUGCCAUCGCCGCCAUCUUGAACUAGAAGAGACGCCAACUAUCUAUGUGAAUCAUCAUAUGAAUAUCCACAGACAAAGUUUAACACUAUUUUAUCAUAAGAACACUGUGUAAAGAAUGUCAAUUGACUAACCAAAAAUGAGUACAACUACAGGUAAAAAGAAAAGCGGUGGAUUUUUAGCACGCCAAGCUAAAUCGAAGGAGAAAGCUAUUGAUUCCAUGACGGAGGAAGAACUGUUGAAAAAAGCCACUAUCAACCCAGAGGAAGUACUACGCUUAAAUAAGAUCACUGAACAUUAUUUGUGUUCCCCUGAAGCAAAUGUCUAUGGCAUUGACUUCACACGAUUCAAACUAAGGGAUAUGGACUCAGGGGCUGUUUUGUUUGAAGUGGCCAAGCCCCCACCACCAGAAGACUCGGAAUCUGAUACAGAACUCGAUGAUGUAGACCCUCACGCAGGGAGAUUCGUACGCUAUCAGUUUACACCACAGUUCCUAAAGCUAAAAACAGUCGGAGCAACGGUAGAAUUUGUUGUGGGAGAGAAACCAGUGAAUAAAUUCCGCAUGAUAGAGCGCCAUUUUUUCCGUGAUAAACUCCUGAAAAGUUUCGACUUUGAAUUUGGCUUCUGUAUUCCUCACAGCAGGAAUACAGUGGAACAUAUCUAUGAAUUUCCAACACUAACACCAGAUGAGGUGGAAGACAUGAUCAGCCAUCCGUUCGAGACCAGGUCUGACAGCUUCUAUUUCGUGGAGGACCAGCUCAUUAUGCAUAACAAAGCAGACUAUGCGUACAACGGAGGAUCAUAGGUGACCUUCAGCUGGCCUGGAGAGAGAAAGAGAGAGAG